UGUUUCAUUCAAUUAAGACUCGAGAGAUUUUAUUUUUCUUGUUAUUUUUAUGCUUCGCUGGACAUGGACCGCUCUGUUUCUUGCGUCGAAUCUUGAAUGGUGCUACUUAUCGUUUAUUUCAAUCCACUCUUUUUCUCACGAGAUCGGCUUUAGCUUGUUCAAAUUGCGCCUUAUAUUUUGCCUUAGAUGGUUCUGUAGGAUUCCUAGCAUGCAUGCGUGCUGUGUAUUGGUGGAUAAAAGAUAUUUAUUCGUGUUGGUGUUACACCAAUGCUGGGUGCUGCCAAGUUUUCUGCGAUACAAGUCUCCUUGCUUACAAUGUUAUCUGUAGCUCUGGACCUCCCGAAGUCCUUACCAUUAACUCAGUUGCAGAAAUGGAAGCAAUUUUGCAAGAGCAUAACAAUGCUAUGCCAGCACGUGAUGUUCUCACAGCUCUUGCAGAGAAGUUCAGUGAAUCUCCUGACCGUAGAGGAAAGAUUACUGUGCAGAUGAAGCAAGUUUGGAACUGGUUUCAAAAUAAACGAUAUGCUAUAAGGGCAAAAUCUAGUAAGGCUCCUGGAAAAUUAAGUAUCACUCCUAUGGCUCGAGAUGAGUCAACCCCACUUAGAAGUAUGCCUCAGCCAGUGGCUGCUCCCAUACCUCCUGCUUCAGUUUCAACUGUAAAAAGUGCUCCGGAAAACUCAGCAAUGGAGUUUGAAGCUAAGUCUGGAAGGGAUGGAGCAUGGUACGAUGUUGCAAACUUUCUAUCCCACAGGCAUUUGGAAUCCAGUGAUCCGGAAGUUAUGGUCAGAUUUGCUGGUUUUGGAUCUGAGGAAGAUGAGUGGAUUAAUGUGCGAAAAAAUAUCCGGCCACGCUCUCUGCCAUGUGAAUCAUCAGAAUGUGUGGCAGUUCUCCCAGGGGAUCUCAUACUGUGUUUUCAGGAAGGUAAGGAGCAGGCUCUUUAUUUCGAUGCUCAUGUCCUUGAUGCUCAAAGACGGAGGCAUGAUGUUAGAGGCUGCCGUUGUAGAUUUCUGGUCCGUUAUGAUCAUGAUCAAUCAGAGGAAAUUGUUCCACUUAGGAAGGUUUGUCGUAGGCCCGAGACUGAUUACAGGUUGCAACAACUUCACGCUAUGAAUGAGGCAGCACCUGUGGACCAGCAAAAGACCAGCAUGGACUUAAUGCCUGCUUAUGCUGUCAGGGUAACAAGCUCAGCUGAAACGGUGCCAAAACAGCAGAGUGCAAACAUUGCCAUUGCCCCACAAGUUUUGCAAGCUACUGUUACUUUAGCCCCACAAACUAUGAAUGUGGAUCAGAGAAAAGCUGAAGUAGCCAAUGAUAUGACCGGAGGAAACACUGUUAUCCGCCCAAGUGGUGCUGCAUUUACCCCCAGUGUUGUUACCAGCAGUGUUCCCCCGCUGGUACGGCAUUUCCCAGCAGUGUUCCGCUCAGUGGUACUGCAUUUCCCAGCAAUGUUGUUACAAGCAGUGUUCCAGUAGUUUCGAAUCAGAAUCUGGCCGAAGGAAAAUGAUUUAAGCAAGCAAAUUUUCUUGCGAUCCCUUUUCCUUAACGAAGUUAGAAUUGGAAUGGCUUCAAUUGGCAACGGUGUUGAGUCUUGUGGGGCAUUACCCACACACACAGGCAUUUAAAAGUAAGCUUUUGUAGGAAGUGAGGACUAGUAAAAGCGUGUUGGUCACUUUGGAAGGUUGGUUUUAGGUGUGGUUGGAUGAGGUGGUUUAAAUAUGCUAAUAUUUAAAUGAUUGGUUGUGACUUCUAAGUUUAAUGAAUAGGGGUAGGUUAUUCCUUGCUUCUAUUUUAAAACCA